GUAAUAUUAGUGAAUUUAACCGGCGUCCCGAACGGAGUUUGCAUUUAUCUUGUGUAUUUUCAUACUGAUUGGGAUUUACUUCAAAAUUCGAGAUGGAUUUUAAACUAAUGAUACUUUUUGUAACAGUUGGCUAUGUGUGUGCCGGCAAUAUAGAUAUUGCACCAGCUGAUACGAUAGCGAAGACUGGAGAAGAUACUGAACUCAUGUGCCAAAUAGCUGAAGCUGCAAUUGACUCUGAAUUUGUUUCCUGGUUUGAGUACAUUACUGAUAGUAAUGGAAAAAGAGUGUUUGUAUCUAAUAAACCAAAUGAUAUCAUAGACCCUGACAAAUAUGAGGUAGAUUUGAACAAGAAGUAUAACAUCAAGAUAAAGGGUGUUACUAUUGGUGAUGCGGGAAAAUAUGGAUGCCAGACUUUUACUGAUGGUAAUAACUACGCUGCAUACCUGACAGUUUAUGAUACUCCAUCUUGUGGUAACACCAAUGGUGAUAAUGUCAAAGAAGGGGAUGAGGUUACAUUUGAAUGUCAGAUGAACUAUGCAGGUGAUGCUAAGCCAACUCUGAAAUGGUAUCGCAACCAGGAAGAAAUGGAAGAUGUUGUCUUCACAACUGAAGAGAAUAAGCCUGCUAUGGCAACUGUUAAAUUCACUGUCACCCCCGAAGAUAACGGUGCUGCUCUGACAUGUAGAGUAAGCAGUAGCAGUGAGCCUGACUUUGCCGGUGAUGAGUGCACUAGCUCACCUGUUUUAGCAGUGAAAUACAUGCCACGUAAUGUUCAGGCAACUAGCCUUGAUGAUUCUCAAGCAAAUGUCCUUAGCAUUGGACAAAAGAUUGUAGCAACAGCUGAUGCCAACCCUGUCGCUGGUUUUAACUGGGAAAUCUUGCCUGCUGGAGAGAACAAGACACUCAUCACAUCAUCUGGAGCUGAAGUGAAUGUCACAGAGGAGAUGGUCGGUGAAAGCACAUGGACUCUGAAAGUACAAAAUGACGUAAACACCCCUGAUGAUAUUGUUGUAAAGACAUACACUGUAACAGUCAACUCAGAUAUAGUCACUCCGGAACCUGAGUCCACCACUAAAGGAGGUUAUGUAAUUGCAACCACACCAAAGAGUGGAGAUGGCAAGAAUGGAAACUCAUCUGGCGGAUUUACACCACUCAACUUGAGCAUAAUGGCUCUCCUCACCUCACUGAUGCUGACCAUGAGGCAAUGGUGAUGUCAUCGUCUCCCCUAGCAACUCUCACUGCCAACU